AUGGUCCGCCUUUCUGUCUUCGCUAUUGUUGCCGCUGUUAUCAGCAGCGCUACUGCUGCCAGCGUCACACGAGCUUGCCAAUGUCUUUUCUCAGAUGGCUCCCACUGCUGUGUGACUCUCCUGGAUGCCCCCUGCAAUGUUGAGUGCCAAAACGUCGGCAGGGACGGCACCAAGUGUAACUCCGGUGGUAAAAAUGCCGAGAUCAGCUGGUUCACCGGUGUUGGCCGCACCAAGUGCGAUUCUUACAACUAA